AAAUUCAAAAAUUGCUUCCCUGCAUUCGAAAUGUGAGCUUUACGCACAUUCGCAACAGCGCCGUGUGUAAACAGACUAGAUUAAAGGUUUAGUUGAAUUUAUAAGAACACCAACAUCUUCCUCGGGUUGAUUUUAGUGCUACUGCUAUGGCGACUCUGCUCUGCAAAAGAAGACUUUGCAUAUUUGCUGUGCUCCGAAGAGUCUCACAAAACGCACGCCUUUUUAGCUCUGGUAAAAAGAGUGUAAAUGGAGUGGAACUUUUCUACCAGCAGACUGGGCAGGGAGACCACUCUGUGUUACUGCUGCCAGGAGCUCUGGGCAGUGGUCAGACUGAUUUUGGUCCACAGCUGGAGAAGUUGGAUAAGAGACGAUUUACAGUGGUGGCGUGGGAUCCUCGUGGUUACGGACGCUCACGUCCACCGGACAGAGACUACCCUCUGGAUUUCUUCCACAGGGAUGCUAAAGAUGCUGUAGACCUGAUGCAGGCAUUAGGGUUCAGGCAUUUCUCCCUCCUGGGCUGGAGCGAUGGAGGAAUCAUUGCUCUCAUCGCUGCAGCAUUAAACCCUGCCCUUAUUAAAAAGAUGGUGGUGUGGGGCUCCAAUGCUUAUGUCUCAGAGCAAGAUCUCAAAAUCUACAAUGCAAUUAGAGAUGUGUCGAUGUGGAGUGAGCGAAUGAGGCGGCCAAUGGAACAGAUGUAUGGCCCUGAGUAUUUCAGUCAGACAUGGAAGAGAUGGGUGGAUGGCAUCAGCCGGUUUGCAGAUAAUCCUCAAGGUAAUAUAUGUAGGGAGUUAUUGCAGUUGAUCAUCUGUCCCACACUGAUUGUUCAUGGGGCUAAAGAUCCAAUGGUACCUUCCUUUCACCCAGAGUACCUCCUACAGAAAAUCCAGGGCUCACGAUUGCAUGUAAUACCAGAAGGGAAACAUAACCUGCACCUCAGAUUUGCCACUGAAUUUAACUCACUAGUGGAAGACUUCCUAACCGAGUGAGAGGUACCUGGGCAGAGACGAUCAUGUGGAGUUGUUUUGGUCUUUUAUAUUUUUAUGUUACAAUUCCACUAUCACCCAGAGAAGGAUGGAUUUCCUUUUUGAGUACUGGCAUCUUCCUUGUGCUCUUAAAAAGUUGUUUUCUCUCACUGUUGCUUUCGGUUUGAUCACUAAAGGGACAAAACAACCAAAAUAAAAAAUGUAACAAUUGCUGCAUCUGUUGAAAACAUGUUAACUCACCUUCUACAGUGGUGCUGCAGUAGUUUCCAAAGUGAGAUAUUGAGGUUUAAAGACAAAUAUUAUGCUCUUUUGAUGAUGUAUGUUGAAGGUGAGAGGAGCUUUUGAAAAAAUACAGUUGCAGGUGGAUUUUUGAGGGUGGGCUGUUUUUAUUAUCAUUUUUGUUGUUUGCCAGUGAAUAAAGAUGAAAGGCAGAUAACAGUCAUUACUGAUAAGACACCGGAAAUCAUUUCCAGCUGUCUAAGUUCAAAUCACCAAUAGGUUGAGUGAUGUAUUUGAGUAAUGCAUACUGGCUCUUGUAGUGAGAGAUCAUUGAUGAAUGAAAACAUUAAUUAUUUUAUAUAAUUUUAAUUCUGUCAAACCAUUGAGGUUGAGGGUUGCAUAACAUGAAAAACAACACAUUCAAAACUCUGGUUAUAGGCUGGAAUGCCCCUUUAAGGGUAUGAACCAGGAUUUUUGUAAAUUGUGAAGCUGCUUUGUGACAAUGUCCUGUUGUAAAAAGCACAGUACAAACAAAAUAAAUGUGAAUUCAGUAGAAGUA